AUGGAGGUCAAACCUAAAGCUCAUAGUGUUGCCGAUGAGAUGGACAGCGAGAAGCAGGUUGCCUCGAGCCCUGCCUUGUCAGUUGGAGAAGGGGAUGUCUUCCGCUCAGAAGAGAAAUACGGCUCCCUGCACCGAACAUUGAGUCCACGAAUGAUUCAUGUCAUUUCUUUGGGUUCCAACGUCGGCAGUGGUCUGUUCAUCGGUACAGGAAAGGCAUUGGCCAACGGUGGCCCUGGAAGCAUGUUCUUGGGCUACCUGAUCGUUUGUGUCGGUGUCUGGGCCAACUUGCAGAACAUUACCGAGAUGACUAUUGCCUUCCCCACCUCUGGAAACUACGUCGACUUUGCGGAUCGCUGGGUUGACCCUGCUUUGGCUUUUGGCGCUGGAUUUGCCGAAUGGUUGGGUUGGACGGCUGUAUUUGGUGCUGAGGCGGUCUUCUUCGUUAUCUUGGUCAAUUUCUGGGCUGGGGGUGCUGUUCCAGAUGCAGCUCUGCAAUCGUUCCUUUCACUAAUCGUCUGGGGUCCAAAAGUCAGUAUCUUCUUGGUUGGAUGUCUCGUCGUGUUUCUCAUGCCCAAUAAGUUCUUCGGGUGGCUUCAAUACUUUGGCUCACUUGUGAAAGUGGCUUUGUUCAUUUUCAUUGUUAUCAUCUCUCUUGCCAUCAUUGGAGGUGCCGGACCUGAAGGUUUCCCCCGUGAUGGAAGCACCUGGACCGACUUGCCAGCCUUCAAGAAUGGCUUCGGAGGUUUUGCCAAUGCCGCACUUCUCGCUAUCUGGGCCAUCGGUGACCAGGUCUUCAUUGGUGUCAUGGGUGGUGAGGCUGCCUCGCCUCGUUUCUCCAUGGCCCACUCAGCAAACUUGGUUCCUUGGCGUGUGGCUGUCUUCUACUUGGUCUCCACUGUGUUGGUUUCCAUCAUCGUGCCAUCUGAUGAUAACCGCCUCCUCGGCGGCUCCGGUGUUGCUGCCUCUCCCUUUGUCAUCUCAGUUGAAGAUGCUGGUAUCAAAGGUAUCCCUGACCUCAUUAACGCUUGCAUGAUCGUCGGCAUCAUUGCCAUUGCUCUGGAAUGUAUUUUCCUGCCAUCUCGAAUCCUGCGAACAAUGUCCUUGCAGAGACUGCUUCCCGCUUUCAUCGCCAAGGUUGAUGAAAAGGGUCGACCACGAUGGGCGCUUGUAAUCACCUCUGUUGUGGCUGUGAUUCUGACAUACAUGAGCUUGAGCUCUGGUGGAAACGAAGCCCUUAACUGGCUCAUCUCCAUCACUAGCGCAUCCUUCUUCACCAACUGGGCCAUCAUUGGCUUUACAUCCUUCCGCUUCCGAGCCGCCGUCAAAGCCCAGAAGAACCCAGUAUUCGAGCACGAAUUCGGCUGGAAGUCCAACUUCUGGCCUCUCGCGCCGAUCAUGGUUCUCAGCAUUUCAGCCCUGCUGUUGGUUUGCGUUCUUUACCUGAGCAUCGCUCCAAUCGGUGGUGGCGGUUUCGCAGCAUACAACUUCUUCUCAUAUACCAUCGGCCUCUGGCUCAUUGUGGGCUCGACUAUCGCCUACAAGCUCUUCUUCCGCACCCCCUGGAGGGAUCCCGCAACUGCCGACUUGGUUACUGGCCGUCGGCAGUUGUCGACCCAGGAGAUCCAGGAGCUGCAGGAUUAUUAUUCCCGUCCGUUCUGGCGCCGCCUGGGCACAUAUCUUCGGUUGUGGUGA